AUGUCUCUCUGCGUCUCUCUCGCUCCAUCCGCGACACCGCUGUCUCGCAUCUCUCGCUUGCCACUUCGCCAAUCUUCGCCACUAUGGCGUCAACAGCUUGACUGCGGGCGGGGCGCAACUCUUCCGCCAUCCGCAUGGUCCCGCCAGUCGCCGCACGGGUCGCCGCUGCAGGGGCUUCGGGGGCAUGGCAGGGGGGAAGGGGAAGGGGGCGGGGCGCGGACUUGGGGGAGGAGGAGCGUGGGGGGUAAGAGGGGGGGAGUGGCGCGGGCGAGCAGUGGUGGAGGGGAAGAGAAGCGCAAAGAUGGGCUGGCGGAAGAGGGGGAGCGAAUGAGCACCACCCAGCGCAUAAUGGCGGCGCUGCCAGCGGGGGAGCAGGCGGGGGGGGCGGGGGGGCAGGUGACAUACGCGGACCUGCAGAGGGCGGACGCCGCGUGGCUCGCCCUGCGCUCCGCCCCGCCUGGCCCUCCCACUGCUGCCGCCCCGCAAGUCGUCGUGCGCAAGCCUGGGAAAAGCAGCAGCAGCGGCAGUGAGGGAGGAGGGGCGGCGGGGGCGGCGUCGGAGGUGGAGGUGGUGGUGUGCGGGGGCACGCUGGGCGUGUUCGUGGCGGUGAGCCUGGCGCUGCGAGGGCAGCGCGUGGCCAUCGUGGAGCGCGGCACUCUGCGCGGGCGCGCCCAGGAGUGGAACGUGUCACGGAGGGAGGUGCAGGAGCUGGUGGCGAUGGGCGUGCUCACAGCGGGCGAGGUGGAGGACGCCAUCGCUGUCACCUUCAACCCCUGUCGGUGUGGCUUUGCGGGCGGCGAGGACAUGUGGGUGAGGGACAUCCUCAACCUCGGCAUCUCCCCAGCGAGGCUGAUAGAGGCGGCGAAGCAGCGAUUCCUCGCCCUGGGGGGCGUGCUGCUGGAGGGAGUGGCGCUCGCCUCCGUGCAUGUCCAUGAUGACGCUGCUGUGCUCCACUUUGCAGACCCAGCCGUGCCGCCCCUGAAAGCGCGGCUGGUGGUGGACGCCAUGGGGCACGCCUCGCCCAUCGUGCGCCAGGCACGGUGGGGGCAAAAGCCGGAUGGAGUGUGCCUAGUGGUGGGCACGUGUGCGCGUGGCUUCCCCCCCGAGGCCAACACCACGGGGGACAUCAUCUUCACCACCUCGCCCACCAUCUCCCUCGGCAAAUCGCCGCUGCAGCUCUUCUGGGAGGCGUUCCCAUCGGGGUCGGGUCCCAGUGACCGCACAGCGUACAUGUUCUCCUACAUGGACGCGCAGCCUGAGCGCCCGUCCCUGGAGGCCAUGCUGGAGCUGUACUGGCAGCUCAUGCCGCCCUACCAGGGCAUUGACUCCAUUGACUCAGUGGAGGUGCAGCGAGUGCUCUUCGGCUUCUUCCCCACCUUCCGUGACAGCCCUCUCCGCCCCGCCUUUGACCGCGUCAUCCAGGUGGGCGACGCCAGUGGCAUCCAGUCGCCACUCUCCUUCGGUGGCUUGGGCGCCAUCACUCGCCACCUCGGCCGCAUCACUGACGGUCUGGUGGACGCCUUGAGUGCGGACCUGCUCACCCGAGAUGCGCUUGCUAGCAUCAACCCAUACCAGCCGAACCUGAGUGGCGCGUGGCUGCUGCAGCGCGCCAUGUCAGCGCGCGUGGGGUCAACCCCUCCGCCUGACUUCAUCAACACCCUGCUCGCCACCAACUUUGCCUGCAUGCAGAAGCUAGGCGACCCCGUCGUACGGCCGUUCCUGCAGGACGUGACGCAGUUCGCCCCCCUGGCGCUCACGAUGGGCUCCAUGGUCGUCACGCGCCCCUCGCUGCUGCCCACCAUCUUCCUGCAGGUGGGCCCCGUGCCCCUACUGGACUGGCUGCAGCACUUCAUCGCUCUCGCUGCAUUCUCUACUCUGCACCACCUCGCCUCCGCCCUCUCUCUCAGCGAGGCCGUGGCCUCGCUGCCGCCCCGCCAGCGCUUCUUCUGGCGCCGCCGCCUCGAGGCCUGGCAGUUUGGGUCGGGGCUCGACUACCACCUCUAG